AUGGGAAGAAAUAAAACACACCGUAAGACUGAGCUUCAGCUCAAAACCAAGCUCAAGAAGGAUCCUGGAAUACCCCGCCUACCGAGUCUCAGAGUCCGCAAUGCAGAGAAACAACGAGCACACAUUCAUCCCGGUCCCCAUCGCUUCGAUCCAGAUACACAAAUGGCGACAGAGCCCACGCUGUCUUCGCUCGCCCUUCUCGCAGGUGAUGCAACCCCGUCGGAGAAUGUCUCUUUCGAUCCGUCGUCGUCCACCGGUGGCGCAGCGAAGACGAAGGAGCAGUUGCGGAGACAUUAUAUUCGUGCACUGCACAAAGUCAUCGACGAGAGUGACAUUAUUAUACUCGUUCUCGACGCGCGAGACCCCGAAGGGUGCAGGAGUCGGCUGGUGGAAGAGGAAGUCCGGAGACGAGAGGGCGAGGGGAAGAAGUUGAUUUUCGUUCUGAACAAGAUCGACCUUGUUCCACGAGAUAAUGCGCAGCAGUGGUUACGAUAUCUUCGGCACUCAACCCCCACUCUGCCUUUCCGCUCCGCUAACUCUCACCAGCGCUCGAAGCUAUCUUCGUCCACCGCACCCGCCCUCGUGCGACUACUUAAGGCAUAUAAACCCAGCGCAGCGCAGAGUGUGACUAUCGGCGUCGUAGGGUAUCCGAAUGUCGGAAAGAGCAGCUUGAUCAAUACGCUGAAGAGGUCCAAGGCAUGUGCUGUCGCAGCCCAGCCAGGCCAUACGAAGGACUUGCAAACGGUACAGCUGGAACGCGGCAUGCGUAUCAUUGAUUCUCCCGGAGUCGUCUUUGACGAAGAUGAUUUCGACGAGGGCAAGGGCAAGGAAAGGGCUAAGAACAACAUGCUCUUAAGGAAUAUCGUUAAAGUGGAGGAUAUUAACGAUCCUAUUGCCCUUGUGGAGGAAAUUCUCGGUCGAACGGACCAUGAAGUACUCAAGAAGAUCUACAGCCUUCCCCAAAUCGGGUCGACGCUGGAAUUCUUGACCAUGCUCGCGCUCACGAGUGGCAGGCUACUGAAGGGUGGCACCCCAGAUAUUCUCGCCGCGGCGCGCCAAAUCCUGACGGACUGGAACCACCAGAAGAUCCCAUACUUUUCUGCCCCUCCGACAAUACAUCCAUCGUCUCUCCCGUCUAUGGUCGUGGACGACGGCCAGCGGACUGUUGCUCCCGGGGCCGAGAACGUCGGGCAAGCACAGAUUGUCAGCCAGUUCUCGAAACCUUUCACCUUGGAGGGUCUGUUCGGUGCCGCUGAUGCAGGCGCGUUUGGCGGCACGCCGGGCCCUGAGGCGAUGGAUCUCGAACAAGAAGAAUUCGUUGACGAAAUGGACCAGGAUGGAGUGCAAAUGGAGUCGGAUGAUCUGGCACCACACAUCCCCCGCAAGCGUUCACGUUCGCCAUCGCCGUCUGCCUUUUUGGGUCGCGACAUGACGGGGGCCUCAUCUGUUAUUGACGCUGACGCAACAGCGCGUGCGCCGAAACGGCUGCGGCGCUCACACGAUGUGCCGGCUUACGAUGCCCCGAUUGACGGGCAUGCCAGACGAUCAAUGGCGCGCGCAAAUCCCCUCAGCCGGCGGGUGCUGAAGCACGAAGCGAAGAAGGCACGGCGUGCGGCGACCCGUGCGAUGCAGAAGCGUGGUGGAAUGGAGAUCGACGAUGACGGUGGCCUGGCGGCCACCUUUAUGACUGUGUCGGAACUAACUUGA